GCGGCGGCGGCGGCGGCGGCGGCGGCGGCGACGGCGACGCGGGGCCGGAAGGCGCCCGGCGCGCGGACAGCUGAGGUAAAUCCUGGGGCCGGCGCGGCGCUGAUGGCGGCGGCGUCUGUGGUUUGGCUGCUGCGCGCGUGAGGCGCUCCCGCCGCUGCCGCCAUGACCGAGGAGUUGUACGAGAAGUUCCUGGCCCCCGACGAGCCGUGCCCGCUGCUCUCGCACCAGCACGCGCCGCGCGGCGGCAGCCUGAGCCUCAGCGAGGAGGGCUGCCUGGACGUCAGCGACUUCGGCUGCCAGCUCUCGUCGUGCCACCGCACCGACCCGCUGCACCGCUUCCACUCCAACAGGUGGAACUUGACUUCUUGUGGAACAAGUGUAGCCAGCUCAGAGUGCAGUGAGGAGCUGUUCUCAUCGGUUUCAGUGGGUGAUCAAGAUGACUGUUACUCCUUAUUGGAUGACCAGGAGUUCACCUCUUUUGAUCUGUUCCCCGAAGGCAGUGUCUGCAGUGAUGUCUCUUCCUCUAUCAGCACAUACUGGGAUUGGUCAGACAGCGAGUUUGAAUGGCAGUUGCCUGGCAGCGACAUUACAAGUGGGAGUGAUGUACUUUCUGAUGUUAUACCUAGUAUUCCAAGCUCUCCUUGUCUGCUUCCAAAAAAGAAAAACAAGCAUAGGAAUCUUGAUGAACUUCCAUGGAGUGCAAUGACAAAUGAUGAACAGGUUGAAUAUAUUGAAUAUUUGAGUCGUAAAGUCAGUACGGAGAUGGGCCUUCGAGAGCAACUUGACAUUAUUAAAAUUAUUGAUCCUACUGCUCAGAUAUCACCUACAGAUAGUGAAUUCAUUAUUGAAUUGAACUGUCUCACAGAUGAAAAAUUGAAACAGGUGAGAAACUAUAUCAAGGAACAUGGACCUCGACAACGAUCUGCCAGGGAAAGCUGGAAGAGGAGUAGCUACAGCUGUGCGAGUACCAGUGGUGUGAGUGGUGCCAGUGUCAGCAGCAGCAGUGCAAGCAUGGUCAGCUCUGCAAGCAGCAGUGGUUCUAGUGUUGGCAACUCUGCUUCAAACUCAAGUGCCAACAUGAGUCGAGCACACAGUGAUAGUAACUUGUCCACAAGUGCUGCUGAAAGAAUCCGGGAUUCAAAAAAACGUUCUAAGCAACGGAAACUGCAGCAAAAGGCUUUACGCAAGAGACAGCUGAAAGAACAAAGACAGGCUCGUAAGGAAAGACUGAGCGGAUUAUUUCUUAAUGAAGAAGUGCUUUCUUUAAAAGUGACUGAGGAGGACCAUGAAGGAGAUGUGGAUGUUUUAAUGUGACAGGGGUGAAUUUAUCAGUGUUCUUUCUAAGCCUUAAAUGUAUUAUCCUUAUUGUUUACAUAUAUUUCUUGACCAAAUUUUGAUUAGUAUUAACAAUAUAAACCAGAUCCUUUCUCAACUGUAACUUUGGUAAGACGCUAAGUGUUGAGUAACUUGAACUUUUUGAGGCUAAUUUUGCAACAGAUACUUCAGAAACUUCAUUGACUUCUGAAAAGCUGCUCAAUAGAUACUAUUUUAAGGAGAAAUGAAUUUGGCUAAUAUGCUACUUACCUAAAGAAAUCAAUCUAGGGAUGCUUUUGGAUGACACUAAGCAUGCAGUAGUAUGCUCCAGCUUUUUUUUCCCCCUAGUUAACGUUACACUUGGCUUAUUCUCUCUCUUCCUUAUUUGUUAUUGGGAAGGCUGUUCAGCAUGAGAAACAAGUCUUUAAUUAUAUAGGGUUUUCUUUGAUCUUGUUCUUGGAUCAUACAAAAUCAAAAACACUGUGAUAAAUCUCCUUUCUAGAAGUUGUUAUUGUGAUUUUUCUCAAACUACACAGAAAACAAGAAGCAGGACUUCUAAUGUAGAGAACGUGUAAUACAAAUGAUACUUAGUAAUAUAGUUCUUUAGGAAGCAUUUACAAUUAAAAAAAACCUUGCAAACUUAGUAUUUAAAAAGUUAUUUUGCUGCUCAAUAUUCUAUAGUCUGAUUGUUACUAAUGGUUAACCAGCACAUCCCUAGUAUUGCUAUUAAGAGAUUCAAAUAAAAGCAUCUUUAUGCAUUAGAAGUACACUAAUCUUCAAUUAAAUUGUCUAGGACGCUAUUUGCAAUAGUUAAAAAUGCUACUGGAAAAAAAAGUGCAAACAACUUUGGCUUUUUUUUUUUUUUUUAACCCAGAAGUAUAUCUAAAUAUAUUCAUUUUGCUGGCAAGAGAACUUAAUUAAUGCAGCUGUGCUUUUUAAUUAUAUGUUAAGUCACUUUACCACCUAGCAGAGUAUAGGUUUUCUUUGUUGGUUGUUACAUCAUUACUAAAAUGUUCCAGAACUCUGCUUUUGGAAUAUCUCUUUUUAAGAAAAUGGGGCGAACUUGGGGCUUUUGGGUAGGGAGAUAGAGAAUUUCACCCUGUUUACUAAUUCUGUCAAUCUGUGAAGCGACUUGUCUUUAUUUUGGAAGUACUCGCUACAGGAUUCCUCCUCUCUCCCCUCCCCCGAUAAAAUUGAUGCUUCUAAAUUUCAGUGCCAAAUUCAAAGGGUUACAAAAAAUAUUUUCUAGAUUUGAAUUUAGGUGAUUGUUUAUGAUACUGGUGCUUCUUUGCUUCCAUUUCACCCUUGUGAAGUAAGGAGUUCUUCAGUUUGGGGCCACAGGUACUUGUAAAUGCAAGAUAUAACCUAAUCCUGUUGAAUUGCGUGAUUGACUUUAUAUAGGGGUGGGACUAUUCACGUCCAUUUCAUAAGUGCUGCACACACUUAGCCCUGAUGGUGGCAUUUUAGUGGGCUCCAUUUAAAUUUCAUUUAAAUUUACAUGAAAAUUCAUUUAAAUUUCAGUCUAGGCAGGCUGUUAAACUAAGUUGGGGAGAAACAGUAUUCUGUGAGUGGUGAAGUGCUAACUACAAUGCAUUUGAGAUGUACAUCAGAAUAAGACCAAAAGUGAAAACUGACGUGUUUGUAGGAGAUAAUGAAUCUAACUAGCACUUCUAGGACCUACCUUACCAUCAAGGUAUGGGCAUGCAGUUCUGAGUACAAACUGCUGGUUGACAACCACUUGUACACUGUUGCAGGAUGCAUUAGAUUUCCAGAAUGGCUGGAGCAUGUUUAUUUCGGAGGUGGUAUCCUAUGUAGCCUCUGAAUAAUCCGAACAGUAAAAUAUUUAAACUGUAGCCUCAGAAAGGGCUUCGAUAAAGAAAUUAAUGAGGUCCAUGGUCAAAAUAGUAUAUGUAAAUUUGAGCACUCUCAAUGCCACUAGACCACAGGUACGCAAACUUGGCCAGUGACCACUUAAAAACUAAGUAAUGGUAUUUUAAACUCACAUGCUCCCUAUCCCAUAUUGCCAGUCACUUGGCCAUUAACCAGAAGCGACUGUUACUUGGUGGUGUCCUCCUUUCCUCCUGUAGAAACAGUAUUAAAAACUUCUUAACAGUGUACAAAUUCUUGGGAAUGUAGAUUGACUUAAAUGUGGAGUUUAUCUUUAGAGUCUCAGAGGAAAAAAAUUGUAUUGCUGUCAAUUUGGCUAGUUUCAGGGUCCAGUUGUUGAACUCUUGCAACUUAGCAGGGCAGUUAUGGAGGAAUUCAUCAUGAAGCAUUUCACUGUCUUUGUGCUGUUACAGUUCAGCAGAACCUUUAUUUUCUGCAAUGGUUUUGAAAUAUGAAUCUCUGUUCUCCUCCAACCCCCCAGAAAAAAUGCACACUUGAUACUGUGGAGCACUGAAACUCUGAAAUGAAUUGUAAGAAGGGUGCAACACCUCAGUGUGGUGGACUGUGGAAGUGUCACUUUAUUCUGUAUCAGCAGCUCUUCAGAGUUUAAAAUCCCUCUGGCUUUGUUGAGACCCCUCUUUCUGGAGAGGUACAGCUCUUUCUGGUCACCUAUCUAUCAGCUUCCAGGGAAUAUGAAACGAGGGAGGGAUAGUAGUUAUCCUGAUACUGGCGUGAACAGGUAAUUAAUCCAAAUGAUUAGGUGGUUCCAGUCACUGAUUAUUGUAUUGGAUGAAAAAGUCCUGGGUGCCACAGUAGCUAUUAGUGGUAGCUCAUCUCCAGCUGGGUGCUUCAGUCACUUGUUUAACAGUUCAAAGGAAAAAAAAGUGAAUUUCCAGGAGCACUGCACAAACAACUUACAGCUUUGUAGUCUUCUAGUUCCAGGAGGUUUAUAGCUUAAGAAUACAAAACUGAAAGUUCUGAUCAGAAUGCAGAUGAUCUUUAUGUUCUUGCUUGCCUGAGUGUUGUCUUUGCCAAGUACUUGGCAUUUCAAAAAAUCGGACCUGAAGUAGCUGUGGUAUUCCAGAGUGGUUGCAUCCUUACUUUCCAGAGUGCUCAAUGUUAUAUCCGAUCUUUCGUAGCUCUAGUGACAAACUUUGCCCCCCCGCCCAAGGUGUUUUUGUCAGAUUCUGGGGCCUUUCCUUGCAAUGUGCUGGAUGCUUACAAUUUGUGCUGGAUACCUGUGGCGUCAGUCUAGCAGUUAGGUUUAGCAGUCUGUUGUCAUUCUAUAGCUAUCUGAACACGACAGGUUCCAGAUAGCCCUUGCUGCUCCUGCUCUGUUUUACAGGAGGCUAACAGCCAAAGCAGCAAAAUAAGAUUUAACUAAAAUUCUGAGUUCUUUGCAGUGCUUUUUAAAAAGGAAUCAAAUCUCUGCUUUUUCAGUGAUGGAAAUGUCAAGCUUAGAAGUAAAAUAGAGACAAACAAAAAGCUAGUAGUUGUAUGGCUCCACGGUACUGAAGCUAUGUAUCUAGGUGCUUUGAACCCACUGUAUUAUGAAUGUAAUCAGUUUACACUCUGUAACAUUAACCGUUUGCUUCCAUGGUAAUUCUUUCUCUAUAAAGGCUUAGAAGGAGCACUGAAAGUCUGAUUGCAAGAGGACUGUAAACAAUAGAGAAGAUUCUUUUUUUAAUAUGAUUUUAAAUAUGAGGAAGAAAACUAGCUGCCUGACAGACCUGUUUAAUUUUUGUAUGUAUAUCUAACUUCAGAACCCUUCAUCUCUGUUAAGACAUUAACUAUUUUUCUUUAUAUGGAAAACUUAUUAAAGGGUGGUUAUAUGUUCAGCAUGGGAUGCUUACUGCGAAGAGCAAGAAAAGUCUUGCAAGACUUGUCUGGGUUUAACUUUUAGUUCUUAUAUUGUGGUUUGAAACCUGUGAAGAUUACUCUCUGGGGAAGAAAGCUGCUUAAAUUUAUUCAUAUAUGUUUACAUCAGAGUGCAUAUUAGAGAAGCAUAUAAAAAUGGCAAUAUUUACUAUUCAUCCAAGCUAAAUGGCCUGAGGCCAUUACUUUUUCCUAGACUCUGUGAGCUUUGAAAUCAGUUGACACCUUGCUCUAUAAAUAGUAAUAACAUGACUGUUUGGGGGUGCUCUUGAAGUUCACUUUUUAUAAGCCAGACUUUCAUGGCCAAUAUUUUUAGAUUUAUUGAUUUAAUGUUCUUGAGUUUACUGUUCUUGGGCACAGAAAAUAUCUGGUCAACAUGCAGUUUUCCACUUAAGGAUUGGAAGGAUUGCUUAUUAAUAUACCAAGUGCAAAUGUUAGUGAAAUUCAAAGCUUGUCUAUUUUGACUAUUAAGUCUCAUUAAUCAUACCUGCAUUUCUCUCUUAUCUGGCAAACUUUAAAACAUUUCCAAAUUGCAAAUAAAUUCUUAAAUACAAAGGAAAAAUGUGAUGUUGAAGCCUUGAAUAUAAUUCAUAACCAAAGCAAGGAGAAAAUAGGGUUUUGUGGCGUGUGUGGGUUUGGGUUUUUUUGUUUUUUUUUUUUUUGCUUUUUUUGUUUUUUUUGGGGGGGAAUAGGAGGUGGAAGGUUGGAUAGGUAAUUAGAGUGAAUGGAACUGAUUAAAUCGAGGCUUCUCUCUCUCUCUCUCUCUCUCUCUCUCUCUCUCUCUCUCUUUUCCUUCUUCCAGGUUCUCUGCUAAUUGUACGCUACAAUGCACUUUUGUAUAGAAAACUGUCCUCUGUACAUUCUGUACCUACUUUCCACAAUGUUUAUAAGAGACUUUUUUUGAAGUUGUGAAGGAUUUACCAAUA